GGAGUGGACACCUUAACACUUCAGUUCCAGCUUUGUCUGUGGUGCCCAAAAAAAAAAAAAGGCAAUGGAAACGGGAGGGAAAAAUAGUCUAAUAGUGGAGAAAAGGGAGGGCGAGGCUUCUUCGAUCAACCCUCCUACACAACAAAUAAUGAGAGAAGCAGACAUUAAUGGUACUGUGGACGAACAAGGUGGUGAUCAGAGCAAUGAGGUGGAGAAAAACAAAGUUUGCCUCAUGAGAGCCGUAGUUGAAAAUCAAGAUCCUUCUUGCAAGGAGGUUGAUGAUCUAACAAUCCGAAGGUUUCUUCGUGCUCGGAAUCUAGACGUAGAGAAAGCUUCUGAUAUGCUCCUAAAGUGCCUGAAAUGGAGAAUAAUGUUUGUUCCCAGUGGCCACAUUUCCUCUUCUGAAGUUCCAAAUGAAAUAGCACAGAACAAGAUGUUCGUGCAAGGAAUAGAUAAGAAGGGACGACCAAUUGCUGUACUCAUCGGAGCCAGACAUUUCCAAAACGAAAUUGGAGGUCUAGACGAGUUCAAACGUUUUGUAGUUUUCACUUUGGACAGAUUGGGCUCCAGGAUGCCACCCGGGCAAGAGAAGUUCUUAGUAAUUGCAGAUCUUCAAGGAUGGGGGUACUGUAACAGUGAUCUCCGUGCCUAUCUUGGAGCUCUAUCCAUCUUGCAGGACUACUACCCGGAAAGACUUGGAAAGUUGUUGAUUAUUCACGUGCCUUAUAUAUUCAGGGCGGUCUGGAAGGCUUUGUACCCAUUUAUUGACAAAAAUACCAAGAAAAAGAUUAUCCUUGUGAAGGACAAACGGCUGAAGGCGACUCUACUUGAAGACAUUGAUGAAAGCCAACUUCCUGAAACUUAUGGAGGCAAACUACGUCUGCUUCCCAUCCAUGAAGAUGCCCAACCAACAACAUAAUCAUGCCUUUAGAAGCACUACUUCCAAUAUCAGUAUCCUAUUCUUUUUUGUCUUUGCAACUUUUUUUCUUUGAGAAGAUUGAUGACUGCUUUGAAAUAGUGGUUAUAACUAUUUUGUGACUUGAUUUAACACAUGGCUGAGAGGAUUACCGUCAUUCU